GCUGAUUGAGUCUACUUCCCUACACUGGAAUAGCUGAGGGGAAACGGACGGACAGAGAUCUAGCACGGAUAUCUCAUCAUCAGCCGAGUGUGCACGCUCAGAUCGCCUGUGAGAGACCUCCGGGACACCGUGGGGACAUCGACUUCUCUUCCGACCCGGUCUCAGUGUCUGCUGCAGGGAGAUGGCCGGUAUUUUGGCGUGGUUUUGGAACGAGAGGUUCUGGCUCCCUCAUAAUGUAACCUGGGCUGACUUAAAAAACACAGAUGAAGCUACGUUCCCGCAAGCCGAGGAUCUCUAUCUGGCGUGUCCUUUAGCAUUCUGCAUCUUUAUGAUCCGGCUGGUUUUUGAAAGGUUUAUUGCCAGACCAUGUGCCAUGGGCCUGAAGAUCCAAGCCAACGGGCCUCAGAAAGCUCAACCAAACGCCAUCCUGGAGAAGGUGUUCACUGCUAUCACCAAGCACCCGGAUGAGAAGAGGUUGGAGGGCCUGUCCAAGCAGCUGGACUGGGACGUGCGGACUAUACAGCGCUGGUUUAGACAACGCCGCAACCAGGAGAAGCCAAGCACUCUCGCCAGAUUCUGCGAAAGCAUGUGGAGGUUUACAUUCUAUCUAUACAUAUUUACCUAUGGAGUGCGCUUCCUUAAAAAGACUCCUUGGCUUUGGAACACUAAAGAGUGCUGGUACAACUACCCUUACCAGCCGCUGACUGUGGACAUCCAUUAUUACUACAUACUGGAGCUGUCUUUCUACCUGUCCUUGCUCUUUUCCCAGUUUACAGACAUCAGAAGGAAGGAUUUCCUGCUCAUGUUCCUGCACCAUGUGGCAACAAUCUCUCUCAUCACCUUUUCCUACGUGAACAACAUGGCACGAGUGGGGACCCUGGUCAUGUGUCUCCAUGAUGCAGCCGACGUGCUGAUAGAGGCUGCCAAGAUGGCCAACUAUGCCAAAUGUCAGAUACUCUGCAACCUACUGUUUGCAAUGUUUGCAAUCCUCUUCAUAAGUUCCAGGCUGGGAGUUUAUCCUGUCUGGAUUUUAAAUACAACAUUAUUCGAGAGUUGGGAGAUUGUCGGGCCUUACCCGUCCUGGUGGGUCUUCAACCUGCUUCUGAUCCUGCUGCAGCUUCUCCACUCCUUCUGGUCGUACCUUAUAGUGAAGACAGCGUGCCGAGCCAUCUCCAAAGGAAAAGUGGGAAAAUGGAAUCCAUUACACGUGUCUAAAGACGACCGCAGCGACAUCGAGUCCAGCUCUGAUGAGGAGGACAGCCCUCCACCCAACCAGAAACAUCACAACAGCACCACCAACGGGACCAACAAAAGCCACGGGACCAACGGCUACCUGACAGGAGCGCUGUAUCCCGACGAACACUGACUACUGAUAUCACAACACUGGAGCCAUGCUAAAGACACCGUCCAUCAUUCUGUAUGUUUGUGUGAGAGCGUGUGUGUGUGUGUGUGUGUGUGUGUGUGUUUUUGACAUGAAUAACAUCGCCUGUCUGGUACUGGAAGUUCUUGAUAGAUCUAUGUGAAUGCAGUUUUGUUAUCAAUUUCAUUCUUUACUAAUUUCCUUGCACAAGUUAUUCUCUUCAUCUACGUAUUUGCAUCAGACUGCACUCAGUGAAAUAUCAAAGCACUCCUAUCGGUACAACUCACUCUCCGUUUUAUCCAAUGAAUGAAAGCGAUUCAUUUUACGAUGUAAGCAUGCUACUCUAACAUACAGUAGUCUGGCAUACUGGGGGUGACUUUUAUUUCUUAUGUUUGUCUCUUUAUGUUAUUUAUUUUUUAUAAUAUGUUUGCUAAAGCUAGUGGGACUUCUAUUCUACUUUGAUGUCAGGGUUAAAUCAUCUUCAUCACACACGACGCAGCUGUUUCUUUUCACACUCACACCAUGAUAACGAGUAUUAGCAAAAUGCUGAAGACCUGGGUUUACUUUUUAUGCUACACCCCCAAAGAAAUGCCAAAAUGUGCAAAGUUUACUCACAUUUUUAAAUACAUUCUCCACUCAAACUGUAUAUGAGAUGUCAAUAACAGUAUUAUGUGUGUGCAUCAAAUAUGGCUACACGCUGUAUUCCCUGUUAAAGCAUUUUGUUAAGUAUUCUGGUACAUUUCUGGAAGGCAUUUCAUUAAAAGGCCGUUUGUUGCGAGGCGGAUAUGGGUUAUUUGAAUUAUUCAAUAAAAAACAUGAAGACUGCAAA